GUUUCGUCGGAGUCCAGAAAUAAAGGCUCAAUAUACAACUUUUAUGCGUGAGUAUGCCACAUUAAGCCAUAUGUCGUUAAUCUCGCCACAGGUACCCGAAUCGAAGUACUACUUGCCACACCACUGUGUCCACAAGUUGGACAGCACAUCGACCAAACUUAGAGUGGUUUUUGAUGGAUCGGCAAAAACCGCAACUGGGCUAUCAUUAAACGAUAUUUUGCAUUCCGGCCCUACCAUACAACCAAAGCUGUUCAAUACCUUGGUGAGGUACAGGUUCUUUAAGGUGGCCCUUAGUGGAGACAUUUGUAAAAUGUACAGGUGCGUUCGAGUGUCACACCCUGACGAUUACCUCCAAUGCAUUCUGUGGCGAGAGAACGAGGCGGAUGAUAUCAAAACCUAUAAACUGAACACAGUCACCUAUGGUACAAAACCCGCUGCAUUCCUGGCUAUCCGUGCAAUGCAUCAACUUGCAAUCGAUGAAGAAGAGAACUUUCCACUGGGUUCCAAAGUGGUUCGACGUGACUUCUACGUAGAUGACAUGCUUUCUGGUGGCAAUACCAUAGCAGAGGUCGAAGAGAUAAGGCAUCAAGUAACAGCUUUGCUUAAAAAGGGCGAAUUCUUGAUUCGCAAGUGGUGCUCCAAUGAUCCAGAUGCCCUACGGGAUGUUCCUGCAGAAGACUGUGAAACAUUGUUAAAAUUUCAUGACGGUACAGAUGUCACCAAAACUCUUGGGCUCACUUGGGAUCCCCAGAGUGAUAAUUUCAUUUUCUCUUUUACCCCCAUUGAUGACUGGAAGGUGGUGACAAAGCGGUCCAUUUUAUCUUCGAUUGCCCGCCUUUACGAUCCAUUGGGUUUGAUUGGUCCAGUCAUUACAAAGGCAAAAAUGUUUAUGCAGCAUCUGUGGAAACUCAAUCUUCAAUGGGAUGAAAGCUUGCCUCAAUCACUACAUUCAUUGUGGAUUGAAUAUAUUUCGAAAUUCGAUCUGAUGCACCGUUUCACAUUUCCACGGCAUGUUUCAAUGGCGUCGGCAUCAUUGCAGAUUCAUGGUUUCUGCGAUGCCAGCUUGGCUGCUUACGGCGCAUGUGUCUAUGUGAGGUCCCAAUUCAACAGCGUCAUUAAAUCUGAACUUCUGUGCUCUAAAUCGAGAGUUGCCCCAUUGAAGACGCUCACUGUACCAAAACUCGAACUUUCAGCUGCAUGCCUUCUAGCUGAGCUGAUUGAUACUGUGGUGAAAUCUCUAGAUUUUCACUGUGAAAUCCAUUGUUGGUCCGAUUCGAUGGUGGUGUUGUCCUGGCUUCGAGAGCUGCCAUCCAACUUCAACGUUUUCGUUGCCAAUCGAAUUUCUCGAAUUCAGUCAUAUGGGACUCGAAUUACCUGGCACUACGUUCCAACAAAACUCAAUCCAGCAGACAUCUUGUCGAGAGGUGCGACACCUGGGGAGCUACUCCAUUCAUCACUGUGGAAAGGUGGUCCAAACUUCCUGCUGAAUGAAGCAUCAAACUGGCCUGAUACUGCAAGUUAUGUGGAUGACUUACCUGAGCGUAGAAGACAUGUAUUGUUGACGACCUCUCUUACUGAUUUGUCGAUACAGUUGCCCAUACCGAAGUAUUAACCCCUGACGACAUUAGAGCUGGUACUCGCCUCCUGGUUAAAAACAUUCAGCUUGUACAUUUUUCUGAGGAAUACAAGGCGUUGAAAUCAGAUAAGGAAAUUGCAUCGUCUAGCAAGUUGUAUUCGUUGGCACCUAUUAUUGAUGAGUUUGGGUUAAUUCGAGUUGGUGGGCGUCUCCAAAACUCAACCCUGGACUUUGAUGCUCGUCACCCCAUUAUUCUGCCCAAAAAGCAUCCGUUUACUGCAUCAAUGGUGAUGCAUUUUCAUCACAAGCUACUUCAUGCCGGAGCUCAGUGUUUGCUGGCUGCAAUUCGACAGCAAUUUUGGCCAAUUGGAGGACGAAAGCUGAUAGCUUCCAUUAUUUCGAAGUGUGUCCGAUGUUUUAGAAUGAAGCCGAAAUUGCUCCAAAACGUCAUGGGAAAUUUGCCUUCAGACCGAGUAAGGCCAAAUAGAGCCUUUCAUACAACUGGAAUCGAUUUUUGUGGGCCAUUCUUUUACAAGUCGGAGGUGAAGAGCCGCCCUCCUGUGAAAUGCUAUAUUUGCAUAUUUAUUUGCUUUUCAACAAAGGCAACCCAUCUCGAGGUUGUCCAGGAUUUAUCAACACCUUCAUUUUUGUGCUCGCUUCGACGCUUCGUUGCCACGAGAGGCAAACCCAAAACGAUUUGGUCAGACAAUGCAUCAAAUUUUGUGGGCGCAAAAAAUGAGUUGGAUGAAUUAAAGCAGAUGUUUUCGAGGCAAUCACAUCUAAAUGCCAUUCAUGAUCAAUGUCUUGAUGAUGGCAUUGAUUGGAAAUUUAUUCCACCCAGAUCCCCACAUUUUGGUGGCCUCUGGGAAGCGGCUGUAAAGUCUGCUAAAUUCCAUUUUUAUCGAGCAGUUGGCCUAAACAAACUUACUUUCGACGAGCUACGCACACUAGUCUGCCAAAUUUCUGCAAUCUUAAACUCUCGUCCAUUGUGCCCGCUCUCCGAGGACCCUGAGGACCUAGAUGUAUUGACGCCUGGCCAUUUUUUAGUGGGUGGUCCACUUAUUUCAAUACCCGAGCCGAAUAUGUCAUGGAUAAAUUUCGGUCGUCUCAACAGUUGGCAAAAGGUAUCGGAAUUGCAACAGAUUUUUUGGAGAAAGUGGAGUACGUCCUACCUAACGCUGCUACAAGAGAGAUCCAAAUGGCAGGCUCAAAGUGACAAUAUAUCUGUUGGUGCCAUGGUCGUAAUAAAAGAUGAAAAUUUGCCCCCACUAAAGUGGCAAAUGGGACGAGUGGAGGAAACUAUAAAGGGCGAAGACGGAAUAGUUCGAGUGGUGAAUGUUCGAACAAGUAGCGGAAUCUUUAAGCGAGCCAUAACCAAACUAGCCGUACUGCCGAUAAGUGAAUCAGUUGAAGCCCCAAGACCUUCAACGGGGGGAGGAUGUUAACUGCAAGUCCGGCCCUGUUAGUUUGGCUGUUGCUCAUGCCCAAAAAUUGUUUGCAAGUUAUUGUUGCUGUUUUGUGCAUCAUCUCAAUUUUACUACCUGCCUAAGAAUCUAAGUUCGCAUGCACUUUCACACACACGCCUACGCAUGUCUGUCUGGUCGCUGUCUAGCCGCUGUCUGUUCCAUUAGAUUGGGGAUGCACGUUAAUGUAUGUGUGCGUGUGUGUACAUAAACCUUUUUUGUACAUGAAGCCUUUUUUUAUACAUAAAAGCAGUUGCAUUUUUGGUUGCAAUUGCAUUUUUAGCUUUGCAUAUAAUUACUAGUCUUUCUC